AACACUGCUCUGGGCACAACCAUGUUGACUUGUUGUGUAUGUAUGGAUGUAUCUAAUUCCAAUGAGGCAAAAUGGGACAGCCCACAGUAUCGACUAUAAAAAGCUAAGGCGUCCAGGACAGGACGCACGAUCAGGGGCGGACAUUCGUUUUGUUCUCCUCCUUCACGGUUUGGUCCGACCGAGAGAGAGAGAUCGUGUUAUUUCGGGUAGCUACUAUCGGCAUACGGCAGGUGAGUUCACGACAGCUCACACGGAGUUUAUAGACCACGAGCCUGGCAGUGUAUCUAUCUCUAGUUAAAUAUAGCGAGUGUCCUGGUUUCAGCACUGCAGGUCGUUAACAGCUCCAACAACACCAGAGGAGAGCGGAGAUUUGAAGAGCCCCUCCCCGCCCAAGUAACAACCAGAGCGGGUAGAGUCCAAGCGCAGCCCUGUUGUCAGUUUCAGCACCACCAGCAAGGAAGAGCAGAGCUGUCCAAACAUCCAGCAGUUUGUGACCGCUAUCGUCGGUUGGAUCAUCCACACAACACAACACCCCCAAGACAGCUAUAACCGGGAGUAAUCUAGCGGAAAAUAGCCUACAGCCACCGAUUGAGUGGAUGUUUUAUUUCAGAAUGGCGUCCAAAGGAAUGGGAGUUCUCCUUCUGCUCGGGAUUUUUGCUGUGACUGUCUCCCAGAUGUCUGCUUUUCCCACACCUGCCGAGGAUGAUAAAGCUGUAGUUUACAACAGACGACUGACUGAGGAGAGACCAAUCCAGGAGCAGAUUGCAGAGGCAGAUGAUGUGAAAGCAGCAGUGGAGUCUGCAGACACCAAACCUGCUGUGGGGCCUAAAGAGGAGAAAGAGGCAGAACCAGAACAAGAGAACGAUGACUUCACUCUGCUCAAGUCCCUGGCCGAAGGUCAAAGGUCAAAAGAGACCAAUGAGACGCCGGUCAGAGAGAGCCUGGAGAAGGAGCCUUACUUUCCAGACGAAUCAGAUUCCACCAAGAACCGCCGGCUAGUCGAAGACUAUGACUCAACAAAGAUGGAAAACGGCAAGUACCAAGAUGACCCAGAGAGCUUCAGGCAGGUGGAUGGUUCCCCUCUAACGGCUGAAGACAUCGUCCAGAAGAUCGCUACUAAGAUAUACGAGGAGGACGACAGAGGUGUAUUUGACAGGAUCGUCUCCAAGCUGCUCAGACUGGGCCUGAUAACAGACAGCCAGGCAGACAGUCUGGAGUACGAGGUAGCCGAGGCUCUUCAGGAUCUCAUCACUAAGAACGCAAAGAACAAUGAGAUCGAGGACCUGGGAGAGGACUAUCCCGUGACCCGGGGUGACCAGGAUGACCAGAAUCCCGACGCUAGCAUGGAUGUUACUGGUUCCCCCAACCGUCGGUACGAUGAAGAAGAUGAUGAUGAAGAUCAGGCGGCCAUUGAUGACGACAUGGACAGAGGAGAGGGAGAUGACACAGUGGAUAACACCUGGGAUAGAGAGAGUGAGGGAGAAGGGGAGGAGGAGGAAAGGAGUGAGGGAGAGAGAGAUGAGGGAAACGAGUUGAGCCCAGAGGAUGGUCUUCAGGACCUUCAGUACUUCCCCAACUUCUACCGUCUGCUAAAGAGUCUAGACUCAGAGCAAGACGCCCAGGAGAGAGAGACUCUGAUCACUAUCAUGAAGACUCUGAUUGACUUUGUCAAGAUGAUGGUGAAAUAUGGAACCAUCACACCUGAAGAGGGAGUCUCCUACCUUGAGAACCUGGAUGCUAUGAUCGCUCUGCAGACCAAGAAUAAGCUGGGGAAAACACUGGGGAUCCCUGGCAUCAUCCCUCCUACAGGGAAGACCCCAGAAGACGAUGACAACACCAAGGCAGAGGCGGCCAAGAUGCAGAAGGAGUAUGAGAACCUGAAAGACUCAACCAAGGAAGAAGCGCCGUCCACUGAGACCAGAGAUCACCCAGGCAAGUCUGAGAUCUACUUGGAAGCCAUCAGGAAGAACAUUGAGUGGCUGAAGAAACACAACAAAGACGAGGGCAAAGACGAUUACGACCUGUCCAAAUUGAGGGACUUCAUGGACCAACAAGUGGACUCCUACAUUGACAAGGGCAUCAUCGAGAAGGGUGAGGGAGAGACCAUCAAGAGGAUCUACGGCAGCCUGUAACCUUCAACCAACCUUAAAAUAACCAACAACCAACCUUCAAACACCUACGACCAACCUUCAAAAAACCCACUGGAAAUGUAUGACGAUUGAUAAACCUAUGAAUAGGGCCUAGAGUUGUUCCUGUUCUGGAAACAUGGUUUGGAAAAACUCCUGGCUUUACGACUCACUCACAAUGAGCAGAAUCCAAACUUGACAUGAUGAUCCCAGAAAGUAACUGUCUGAUUUUUGUGUGAAUUCUUACCUUGAUGUCAGUGGGAGUUUGGUGUGAAAGUUUGAGUAAAGCGAGUGGAUCUCAAGUUAGGAUUCGGCCUCUAUGAGAUGAAAAGUAUGACCUUUAUGUAUUAAAAAUAAACCAUUUAGGCAAAAACAUAUUGUAUUUGACAUUUCCAGAAAGCUGGAAUGCAAUAAUGGUAAUAUUAUCACUGAAAGUAUAUAUUCAACUAUACUGCUAGAAAACAAUCAGCAAUAGUCCGAUGUCACUGAAUGGCACUGACUCGAUUAGGAAGGGGAAAUUCAAUAGUCCGAUGUCACUGAAUGGCACUGACUCGAUUGGGAAGGGGAAAUUCAAUAGUCCGAUGUCACUGAAUGGCACUGACUCGAUUGGGAAGGGGAAAUUCAAUAGUCCGAUGUCACUGAAUGGCACUGACUCGAU